CGCCAAGAUGGCGCCCCCCGUGCCGCUGCUGGCAGUGAGAGGAUCCGAAGGGCUUUAUAUGGUGAAUGGGCCACCUAGUUUCACAGAGAGCACAGCGUUUCAAAGGGACUCUGGAAAAAAUUGCAAAGCUGUUGCUUUUAGCAAGGACGGUUCCCUCUUUGCCUGGUGCAAUGGAGAAAAAGUAAAUAUUGUUAAUGUCACCAGUGCUGAGUUACUGCGUUCCUUUGAUCUUCCAAAGGCAGUUUGCCUUGAAUUCUCACCAAAGAAUAAUGUCCUAGCAACAUGGCAGACCUAUACAACUGCUAAAGAUGGCACAGCGGGGGUGCCCAACCUACAGCUUCAUGAUGUGAAAACUGGAAAAUGUUUAAAAUCUUUCAUCCAGAAAAAGAUGCAGAACUGGUGUCCUUGCUGGGCAGAUGAUGAAAGCAUUUGUGCCAGAAAUGUAAACAAUGAAGUGCACUUCUUUGAAAACAACAACUUUAAUACUAUUGCAAAUAAACUGCAUUUGCAAAAAGUUAAUGAUUUCGUGUUAUCUCCAGGAGCACAGCCAACCAAGGUUGCUGUGUAUGUUCCGGGCAGUAAAGGUGCACCAUCAUUUGUUAGACUCUAUCAGUAUCCCAACUUUGGUGGCCCUCAGUCUGCACUAGCCAAUAAAAGUUUCUUUAAAGCUGACAAGGUGACAAUGCUAUGGAACAAAAAAGCCACUGCUGUGCUAGUAAUAGCUAGUACAGAAGUUGAUAAAACAGGUGCUUCGUACUAUGGAGAGCAAACUCUGCACUACAUUGCAACAAAUGGAGAAAGCGCGGUCGUACAACUGCCAAAAAAUGGUCCUAUUUAUGAUGUAGUUUGGAACCCCAAUUCUGUCGAGUUUUGUGCUGUGUAUGGUUUUAUGCCUGCCAAAGCAACAGUUUUUAAUCUGAAAUGUGACCCUGUGUUUGAUUUUGGAACCGGUCCUCGCAAUGCUGCCUACUACAGCCCCCAUGGACAUAUCCUAGUGCUAGCAGGAUUUGGAAAUCUCAGGGGACAGAUGGAAGUGUGGGACGUUAAAAACUACAAACUCGUUUCCAAACCAGUAGCCUCGGAUUCCACGUACCUCGCUUGGUGUCCUGACGGGGAACAUAUUGUAACAGCUACAUGUGCUCCCAGGCUACGAGUCAGUAACGGUUACAAGAUAUGGCACUACACUGGCUCUCUACUACACAACUACAAAGUUCCAUCAAAUGAAGAAAUGUGGCAAGUUUCCUGGCAGCCCUUCUUGGAUGGAGUGUUCCCAGCCAAAGCAGUAAAAUACCAGGCAGUUCCAAGUGAGUUGCCCAGUGCUGAGCCAAAGCCUGCUCAAGCGUACAGACCUCCAGCCCUGAGAAACAAACCUGUAACAAGUUCCAAGCUCCAUGAGGACGAGCCACCUCAGAAUAUGAAACCACAGUCAGGAAGCAGUGAUAAGCCGCUCUCUAAAACAGCUCUCAAAAAUCAAAGGAAACAUGAAGCAAAGAAAGCUGCUAAACAGGAGGCCAAAGCUGAUGCGAACCAGGAAUCUACACAGUCCGCAGCAUCACAGAAUGCACCACGGAGUGCUGUGCCUGCCGUUACAUCAGGAGAUCCUGAAGUUGACAAGAAGAUAAAGAAUUUAAAAAAGAAACUGAAGGCAAUUGAGCAGCUGAAAGAACAAGCAGCUGCUGGCAAACAGCUAGAGAAAAAUCAGUUGGAGAAGAUUCAGAAAGAAACUGCUCUCCUUCAGGAACUGGAAGACCUAGAACUGGGUCUUUAAAACUCCAUGGAAGUCCAGUGCGGCGUUAACACAAAGUUCAUGACAAAUAUAAUUUCUGUUAACUUGAACAUAAUAAAAUGUUUCAGCAAAUGACCUGAGGAUGCAGAAGUCCACAGGUUUGCUGCACACUCGCCUUUUGAAAAGCUUUCCUAAAGAUUUGUGCACAUGUGAAACUGUAAACAAGUAACGAAUAUCGCAUCAGCCAGUUCUGCUGCUGUUCAAACCAGAAAUGUGCUUAUGUUCUUAAAGCAUAUUGUCUAAAAAACAGAAAGCCUGUUGGUUUAUCUGUUCCUUGUUUGGGUGUGAGGAGGGAAGGUGAUGAGGUUUACCCGUUUGAUAGCUUUAUUAUAUUUAAAAAGAUGUGAUCUUUAUGCAAUAAUGGGAUGUAGAUAAAAAUAAAGAGCAUUUAAUA